AUGAACGAAGAUCAAACAGCGAGACAACAGGGUCCUAAGCCUGCUGGCAGAUUGUAUGUGAAAGCAGUAUUUGCUGGCUAUAAACGUUCGCAACGAAAUCAGCUUGAACAUACAUCACUUCUAAAAUUGGACGGAGUUUACAACAAAAAGGAUGCUCAGUGGUAUGUUGGCAAAAGAGUUCUCUAUGUUUAUAAAGCACACAAAAAAACAAGGGUGCAUGGAAAAGCACCAAGUCGCGUACGAGCAAUUUGGGGGAGAAUAACUCGAGUACAUGGCAAUAUAGGUACAGUGAAAGCAAAAUUCUGCAGAAAUCUCCCACCUCAGGCGAUGGGCAAACGUGUGCGAGUGGUAAGGCGUACAUAA